AUGGGCACCAAUACAGAUCCGUAUCAACCCCUUGAGCGGGAGCGGACGAUCAUGCGGCAGAUUCUGGAAUUGUUGCUUGAGUACCAACAUCCGGUCACCAUCGUGACAAAAAGUGCGUUGAUACUGCGUGAUCUGGAUAUAUUGCAGGCGCUUGCUGAUCAGCAGCUGGUGCACGUGCAUUUAAGUGUUACCACGCUGGAUAAUCAGCUGAAAACCAAGCUGGAACCCCGUACCGCAAGCCCGACUGCGCGCCUGCGUGCAAUAUCAGCUUUAGCUGACGCCAGGGUGCCAACAGGUGCCAUGAUUGCGCCGGUUAUCCCAUUCCUGAACGAUCAUGAGCUCGAGGCCAUGGUACAGCGCUGCGCAGAAGCUGGUGCCGGUGCCGUGCAAUAUAUUCUGAUCCGCUUGCCUCAUGAAGUGGCGCCUUUGUUCGAACAGUGGCUGGUUCAUCACUACCCGCUGAAAGCGAAGCGGGUGAUGCAAACCAUCAGAAGCACGCGCGGUGGCAAAGCCUAUUCGGCGCAGUGGUAUCAGAGAAUGACGGGAUCCGGACCGUUUGCCGAAUUGAUUGCGCAACGUUUUAAUGUGGUCGGCAACGCAGACGAUUUUGCUACGGCGCGAAAUGCAUAUGGACCGGUCUUUCUUGCAUUUGCUUUUGCCGCAACCACCGCCAGUGGAGCCACCUUUGUAGGCUUUCCAGGCAUCGGUUACAACGCGGGCAUGGCGGUGAUCUGGUCCGUCUUUCUUUAUCCGGUCGGGGUCUAUCUUGGUGUAUUGCUGUGUUUGCGUCUGGUCAGCAGCAGCGGACAUGAAUUUGGCAGCCGUUCGAUACCAGAGUAUCUGGGUAUUCGCUAUCAAUCUGAUCUGAUCCGGAUUCUGGUAUCGCUGUUCUCUCUGUCUCUGUUUUUCUACCUGGCAGGGCAACUUGUCUCCGGUAUUGUCAUGUUUGAGAUUAUGUUAGGCCUACCGCCGGCAGUUGCGCUGGGUGUAACUGCUUUCGUGUUGAUGGUUUACGUAGUGCUCGGUGGUGCGCACGCAGAUAUUCUUACUGACGGUGUACAGGGUUUCAUCAUGGUGCUUGUCGGUUUACUGGUGAUGAUACUGUUUCUGCUCGGGUAUGGCAUUGAAGGCGGCUUUGGUGGCAUGUUGGAUCAGCUACGCGCCAAAGAUGAGAAUCUGGUGGGCUGGCUCAACAAGAAUGAUGUCCUCUACCAUUCCUGGUGGUCGGUGCUGGCGAUAUUGCUGGCGCAUAUUCCAUUGGGCAUGUUGCCUCACAUCGGCAAUAAGUUGUGGGCGUUAAAAGCGCCUGAACAACGUCAGACAUUUAUCCGCCUCGCUUUUGCCUUUGGUCUGAUCCUGGGGAUGUUAGGCCUGGGUGGCAUCAUGGCGCGGGUCAUUCUGGGUGAAGGUGUGAAUGGCAAUCAGGCCCUGGCUCUGCUGUUUAUCGAGUUGUUUCCCAGCUGGCUGGCGGCUCUGCUGGGUGUAGGUAUUCUUGCGGCAGUGAUGUCUACCGCAGACGGCCUGGUUGUGUCCUCUUCUCAGAUUGUUGCCAACGAUCUUUAUCGUUUAACGUUUGUGCCGCGCUUUCGGGCGCACUUGAGUGAGGCAGAAGUGGAACAACGUGUAUUGAAAAUCAGUCGGGUCAGUACAGUUGUCAUUAUGUUGCUCUGUACGGCGCUGGCCUGGUCGAUGCUCGAUAUGAACGUCACUAUCAUUGUCUGGGUUGGUACGGGUUGCAUGAUGGCGGCAUUUGCCGGGCCGCUUAUUCUCGGCGCGGUUUGGAAAGGUGUGACCAAGACCGGUGCGUUUGCCGGUCUGUUAUCGGGUGGCCUGGUAUUUAUCAUCACUUUUAAUGCCAUGAUAAAACCGGAAUGGUUUGAUCCCGGUAUGUGGCAGAACAUGGCCAUAUGGCUGCGUAUUGAAGCGCCCAAUCCCUGGUCCUGUGCGGCCAUGGGGGAGGUUGUGUCGGUAUUGGUGACCGUGAUCGUAUCUAAACUGACACAGCCUCUGCCCCAGGCGCAUCUGCGUAAGCUUUUUCCUGCGUGA